CAACGUCACGAUUAGCGUCAGGUUUGUCGUGUACGUCAAUGGUGUGUCGUCUCCGAGUACAGUCGCCGUGGACAAGAUGAAUUUUACACGUCUGGAACUUUCGGCUGAGAAAUACAUGCAGAAAGGUAACGGCACCUUCACACAGUACGUCCAGGUAACCUCAGACCAGCCCUGUUUGGUCUUCGUCACGAUGACCCAGAAAAUGGACGGAUUCACGUCACUUCCGGUGACGUCAUGGGGCUCCCGUUAUGCGGUGGUCACUCACUGUGAGCGGGCACGUGGCCUGUGUCAGAUCGUGGUUGUUGCGAAUCAGCAGGCUAAGGUGGUCAUCCAGCUGCCUGCCCAGGACAAGACCUCGGUCAGCUGGACCAACACGCUCAACCCAGCUGCGAAAGAGGAUUUGACCUUGACCCUCAACGCUUACGAAAUCUACCAGCUGCAGAGAGGCUACGACCUGACAGGUGCCACCAUUACCUCCGACGUCCCCAUCGGUGUCCUGAGCGGCUCUGCCAGAUCCACAGUCGGCCCACGGCACGCUGGAGGGGGCGUUCAUGGAGCAACUUCCGCCCACUCAAGUGCUCGGUACUGAUCACGUGGUCUACGCGACCCCUGGGGGGUCAGUUGGGGAGGAGCUGGUCAAGGUGCUGG